UGUUGCCCACCAAUAACAUGGGAGUUUUCACGGCCCUGGUAUGGAUGUUUGGAUGAUGGGGUGCUUUGAAGCAUUGUGAGUGGUGUGGUUUGGUGCGCAGUUAUAAACGCUUAUCGAAAUGUGUUCAAAAAUACUAUUUCUGUCAACUGCAAAAUACCAGUACACAAUUUGGAAAGAAGCAUAGGCCGCAACAUAAUAUCUGCUGAAGAGUAAGGUUGUCUCCAAGCAAUCGGUAUAGGGAAUAAGUAUUAAAGUGACUGGACUUUCGAGGUUUAACUGACAUCUGGAACAAUGGAUCUGCUGGAUAUUUUUGAUAUGUCCAAGACAUUUGAAAGGGUGAUGGUUCCAGGGAGUCAAACCCAAGGUCAUGUUGUGACUUCUGAUGAACUGUUUUCUAAUCCUUCUGAUAUGAAGAAACCUUUUAAGGGUCGAGAUUAUGUAAGACAGUAUCAAAUACAAGAAGAGCAGGAGGUCCUUCAGUCUCUGCAAAGUGAGCAGAAUAUACAGGAGGCAGCAGAAGGCCCUGAUUCAAGCAGCAUGUAUGAUGUGGAAGAACUCACCUCAGUGGGUGCUGGACCAAAUGUUAAUGACCUGUUGCAUGAAGAACUGACACAAGUCUAUAACAACUAUAGCUUUGUCCACAGUGCACAGAAUUCACUGCCUAUAAUGGAUUACAAGGAUAAGAUUGUGUCCAUGGUAGAAACAAACCAAGUAACUGUAAUCCAGGGUGCCACUGGUUGUGGAAAAAGCACUCAAGUGCCACAGUUUAUCUUGGACUCUUGUGUUGGGAAUGGUGUUCACUGUAAUAUCGUCAUAACUCAACCACGACGAAUUGCAGCCAUUACUGUUGCUAAACGAGUAAGUGAAGAGCGCAAUUGGCCGCUGGGAACAUUGGUAGGUUAUCAGGUCGGAUUAAACAAUAAAACAUCAGGUGAUACACGCCUUACAUUCUGCACAACAGGGGUGCUGCUUCAGAAAUUCAUCAAUAAAAGGAACAUGAAUGAUUAUACACAUGUUAUAGUGGAUGAAGUUCAUGAAAGGGAUGAAGACAUGGACUUCACUCUUCUCAUAGUCCGGAAGCUGUUGCGAACAAAUUCGCGUGGUGUCAAGGUGAUUCUCAUGUCAGCAACAUUUAAUGUGCAGAGAUUUUCAGAAUAUUUUUCAUUCCCUGUCCUUGGGAAGUUGGAACCAGCUCCAAUCAUAGAUCUUGAUAAAUCUCACGCUCUGAAAACUUCUUUCAUGAUCAACAUAUACUACUUAUGUCAGAUGGGUGUGCUAGGACCGCUUCCUGAAAUUCGAGAAGAAGAACCAGGCAUUACAGGACAUGGCUAUGAAUUGGCAGUUAAAUUAAUCAAAGAAUUUGAUGGACUUGAGCAACGAAGUGAGAAGACUGAGAAGGGUGCUGUGCUUGUGUUCUUGCCUGGGCUAUAUGAAAUAGAAGAGUUAUACAGUCUGUUGCACAGAACUGCUUUGGCAAAUCACCUUAAAUGGUGGGUGAGACCUCUCCACUCAACCAUCACCACUGAUGAGCAGGAGUCAGUCUUCAAGCUACCACCAGCAGGCUCCAGGAAGAUCAUUUUGUCAACAAAUAUUGCAGAGAGUUCUAUAACACUGCCUGAUAUAGUAUAUGUGAUUGAUUUUUGUUUGACAAAACAAUUGAUAUGCGAUCAAAACACAAACUUCACCAGCCUACAAGUUUGCUGGGCUUCGAAAGCAAACUGUACUCAGCGUGCAGGCCGUUCAGGACGUGUUGCUGAAGGUCGGGUUUACAGACUUGUACCACAGUUCUUUUAUGAUCGAGUUUUGGAUGAUGAGGGUGUACCUGAGAUCUUGCGAUGCCCACUUGAUCGAUUGAUUCUUCAGGCCAAGCUGUUUGAUAUGGGGGAACCUAAAGCCUUAUUGGCUCUCACUUUGGAUCCACCAGAUCUCACCAACCUCGAGAAUUCAAUCCUUUUGUUAAAAGAGACCGGAGGAUUGCUAUCAGAGAGCCAUGGUAUACCAAAUAUCUAUGAUGGCGACAUUACAUUCAUGGGUCACAUAAUGGCAAAACUCCCUGUGGAUAUCCGGAUUGCUAAGCUGAUUCUUCUGGGUCAUAUUUUCAGUGUUUUGGAAGAAUGUAUCAUAAUGGGUGCAGCAAUGUCACUGAAGAGUGUAUUCAGCUCCCCUUUCCAAGAAAGAUUAGCAGCAUACAAUUCAAAACUCACCUGGGCUGAUGGUUCCUGCAGUGACUGUAUUAGUUUCCUUAAUGCCUACAAGGUGUGGUAUUCAAAUCAUGAGAAUGGUUACUUUCAACGUUCAGUUGGAGGUGAGAAGUCGUGGGGAAAGCGUUACUUCAUUCAACUGAAGGCAAUGAAGGAGGUUGAUAUAUUGAUCCAAGAUCUCACUCUGCGACUGAAGAGACUAGGCAUCGCUGCUACCACUGGAUAUGGCAGAGUCAUUUGGACUGAUCUGGAGAAACCACUUGUUCUCAAGGUGGUUAUAGCUGGAGCGUUCUACCCCAACUACUUUGUGAGGGGUGCACAAGGUGGACAGAUUGAUGAGCGUGAAGCAGUUAAGGUUUUGGUUGGCCGAGACCCCUACAACACAGUGUUCUUCAAAAACAUGCCAACCAAUCAGCCAGGAGAGUUGUAUGCUAAGACCAUUAAAAAUUACCUCAAAGAUUGUGCAGAUGAAAUGAAGGUCUCAUUUGAUGGAACCAGCAAAGUGUAUGUUCAGUUUGGGCGUUCUCAUUACCAAGAAGUGGAUGAACGCCGAUUUCAUGCCAGGAUUCCAGGAAGAGUGUCAAUGGCUGUGUACAAGGCUGUGAAACUCCGCCAAUUGAAAAUCCCUUGCAUCUUACAUUUGCUAAAGGCUGAGCACGCAGCACAAAGAGCUGAGCAGUUAGGCUUGUGCACAUAUAAAGAGAAGCCUCUUCUGGGGGAAAGACAACAGGAGCUGUCCAGCAGCACUCUUAAUCCUAAUCUUCCCACUAUAGAUGUUAGCUACAUACAACUACUAAUAUCACAUAUUGUAGACCCAGGUCAUUUUUGGGCUCAUAGUGCUGAUACCAGUUCAUCUCAGCAACAGGUCUGGCUUUUUCAAAAGCUAAAUGAGAAAUCAGACCUAUUGAAACCGCUCACUGAACUACCACAAGUUGGCAAGAUCUAUGCAGCGCCAUACACAGAAUAUUCACAAACCAACUAUUACCGUGCCAGAGUGGAAUCUGUCAGUUCCAGGAAAGGCGAAGGCAAUGUUAUUCAGGUGUUCUUCAUUGAUUAUGGAAAUACAGAAGCAGUAAAGCUUUCUGAUUUGCGAGAUUUUGAUGAUGAAACUAUUAAAGAUGACAUCCUUGAAGUUCCAGCCCAGGCAUUUGAAUGUACCCUAUCAGAAAUUCAGCCAUCUCUCAUCCAUAAUUCACAAGGUCUUUGGACUAAUGAAGCCCUGAAUGAGUUCAGGAGAGUAGUUCAAGGAAAAGUGUUCUAUGGCAAGGUAUACUCUGUGGUGCAUGGAGUAGUAUCUCUGGAGCUGAUCAGACAAAGCCUUUCAUCUAGUCAGCAAGUGAAUAUCAACCACUGGCUAAUUGAGAAAGGUUAUGCUCAGCGAGCAGAUGAAAGCUACCUCUCUAAAGUAAACCAUGAUUUGAGAGUUCUGCAGUCUGGUAUGGAACUCGAAACAAGAAGAGUGUAUGAUGAUCUUCAGUCACAUGAAACAGGGUUCAGCAAAGAUACUUAUCCUGAGCCACCUUCACAGAAAGAAUGCAGGACAAAGGUGACUCUGCGAGGUCCAAAUAGCCCUCUUGAGAUGAAACUGUACAACCUGACACAGGUGGGUAUGUCUCGUGUGGUGAACAUUGAGUGGAACUCUGUCAACUCUGUGCUGCUUGAUACUGAACCACAGGACCCACAUGACAGACUUUUGGUGGCUGCCAAUGUCGGACAGAAUCCACAAGCAGAUCGUUUGACUCUCCACCACACAACACUCAUGCCCAACCUUCAUGGCCUUGCCUCACUUGUGUGUCUCAUCUUUGCACCAACAAUAGAACUGAGGGUCAAUGAGUCAAGGACAAGGUUGAUUGGAGCGUUGUGUGGCCUUGGGUGUGAUAAACUCACAGGACAACCAGUAUUUCGAGACCAUGACAUGGAAGUGGCAUUUGAUACAGAGAUAACAAUAGAAGAUCUUCAGGAAGUGAACCGUUUACGAUACUGGAUGAAUAUUGCUAUGUACACUGAUGAGGGUGAAGAUACUCCAGACAAUGGACCCAGAGAUGUCAUCAAAUGCCAGAAUAAAAUAAAAAAUUUUCUGUUUGCUUUGUUGAAAAAGAAACGGAAGUCUAAGGAAAUAUGUGCAGCCAGGAGGCCUUUCCAAUGGAAUCAGCUGGAUUCCAGGUAUCUCCUUGAUCCCAGUGAGAGCAGGGUGGAUGAUCGAGCAAUAUUCCGACUGCAUUGGGGUGUGGACUUAGAAGAAGAGGAUGAUAGUCACAUAAAGGAAAUGAUGCAACACGUUAAAGACUUACAUUCUAAAGCAGUCAGCUCUGAGCCACUUAAGGAAGUUGUAUGCAAGUUGUGUCAAGUAACAAUCCAGUCAACUCAAGCACUCAGACUUCACCUUCAGACAGCACAACAUAAAGACCAUGAGGAUGAGCUGGCCAGAUAAAUAUGAUUGGCAUCAUGAAUUGUCAAAUGAGAUGAUGGUUUUCAGAAUAUUGACUGUUUAAUUUUGUAUUUGACUUUUGUUUGUUUACUGUAUGGUAUACAGUAGAUAAUUUUUUUAAAGCCCAGAACAUUUUAUUAUUUAAAUAAGACUGAACAAGUAUUUGAUUAUAGCAUAGGUUUGAAACGCUCUGUACCAAGCCUGAUGCUACAGGAUAUACAAGAAUUAUCAGGUUGUUCCACAAAAACUCAAUAACACAAAAGACAUCUGUGUCCAAGACUAGAAACAGAAAGUGUUGAAAAUUAAAUACUUUUACUUGAUGUCCCAUUUGUUAGCACAUGAAUUACAGGCAAUAGAAAAGAUUGUAUCACAGCAGGAUUAGCAAAAAUUUACCUAGCAUAAUCAGUUUCCUGGCAGGAAAAUGAUGUUGAAAGCUUGUCCAGGGGCACAUUUCCAUCAGGAGUGAAUCUCUCUUGUGCCAAACAAUAUCUGUACACUAUCGUAUUUGAUGUUUAACAAAUAGUUUAAUUUUGUCCACUCAUUUAAAGUUGAAACUGAAAAGUUUAUAAGAAUUUUUAUGCUUUCAUUUUGUAUUUGUCUUAUGUACAUUGUGAUAUCAUUGUGAAUGUAUGAUUUAAAAAUGCCCAUGAAUAUUAAGGCACAUUUAUCACAUGUUUAUGAUAAGUAUUGUUGUUAGCUGAUUCUAGAAUGUUAUGUUCAGUAAUACAACACGAAGUGAUGUUACCUUGACAGUACUGGAAGUAUGUAAUGUCACCAUGGAGGCAUAUAUUUAUGGAACAUAGUGGGCUAGUAAGACAUAUUAAGAGACAUAUGUAAGUCUCAGAUUUUAUAAAUCAGACCAAGCAAAAGUAUAGGUCUCAGUCUGAAUGAUGAUUUUUCAGUCAAACUUGCAGAAUAACCAGAUAACUGCUUCUCUGUACUGUAGUUAGCACAGACAACCUGAUCCAUUAGAAUCAUAUUGGUUGACAAGAGUAGCAUAAAUCAACUCUCCCCCUCCCCUCCCACCCCCCUCUCUCUCUCUCUCUCAAGGCAAGAAGGGGCAUGGCCCUUCAGAUUGAAGAAAAGUUUUUGGAUCUGAAAUCAAAAGGGAUAUCUAGCACACUGACGCAUGAAAAUGUUGAUAGGUUCAAAAUUGUGAUCACAGUAAAAAGAAUGGUUUACUAGAGAAUGUUUUCAUUCUCAUCUUCAGUCUCAAAAAAUUUUUCUAGAUGUUCAUGUGAAUUUAAGUUUUCAUUUGGAUGUGUGGUGCUUAUUUAAAAGAAUGUGUACUCUCUGUACAAAUAUAUGAAAAUCCCUUUAUCAUAAAUUGUUACUACUAAUUUCUGCUGUCCAGACUGAUAUGUUCAUUUCAUGAACACACAUAUUGUGUGUGCGUGUGCAUGCAUGUGAGAGAGGGCGGGCGUGCGCACGCGUGUGUGUGUGGAGGGGGAGUUCAACUAAUUUUGUUGAGUUGCACAAUUAUGUGUGUCCUAUUUUGGAGUGUGUUAUAUUCUGAUAAUUGAGCUAAUGUUAGAAUGAACAAAACCUUUCAUCAAAGAUAUCCAUAUAAGCUGAAUGCAGUUUCACGCCAGUUCAAGCAUAAUGUGAAUUAAGAAACAAAUAAUUAUUGUGAAUAACCGUGUUUAGUUGAAGAAUUGAGGUUGUAUGGCUACCACACACAGAUACAAGUAUGUAACUGUUCUGUUCCAUAUUACAAUUGUUUCUAUAUUAAACUUAAAUUUAACAUGUA